UUUUUAUCAAAUCGAUUGACAUGCUCAUUUUAUACAGCAAAACCCAAAAAGCACAUCAUAGGCACACUUGUAAGUCUACCCUGAAAUGCUUCAUUAUUAAAUCUAGAAAAAAAAUUAUCCUCUAUUUAACUUUAUUUUCAUUUUUGAUCAAUAAUAUAUUUUGUAAACAUGUCAUAUCCUGUCUGCAUUGUGGGGAAUAAAAUGUUUUGGAGUGAUCCACCUUUAUAAAAGACUGAGUGAGAAAGCAGUUUCUUGAUUUAAUUUCCCUAACUCUGGUGAUCAGCGCUAAAUCAAUGACACUCAUUCAAUAUCACACACAAAAACAAAACAACAACACAAAAACCAUGCAGUCUCUGUAUCUAAUAAAAUAAAAACAACAAGUGAAAAAAUAUAGAUCCGCCAAUGCAAUUUUCGAAUAGGGUUUUCAAGCCGUGUUUCAAAAUAUUGCCGUGCAACGACUGCAGUGAAGUUUUUCCGCAUCAAUGAUUUUUUGCACGAUCGAAAACAAGGAUAUGGUCUUUCCGGUUGUUCUGCAUCGUUCUACAGUAUGUAUAAACCUAGGCCUAUAUGAUUUGAAAUACACAGGCCUAAUCUGGAAGUCUAUAAUGGGUUUAUAAAAAAAAAAUAUAUAAUAACCUCGCUUCGAAUUCUUGAAGAAUAGUCUUUAUUUUCAUGACAACCAUACAAAUACCUAUAGUCCCUGCACAAUAACAAAAACUAGAACGUAACAUCCAAUGCACGCAGAUACAGACCGAACUCUGUGUUUAAAUGGGUUUAACUUUAAAUCCACUUUUUACAACUUUUUCAUGCGGACGGUGUUUCUUUUCAGUUUUGCAAUUGUGGCAUUUUUACCUACACCUCGCAAAAUUCAUAUGUCAUGAUCAGUAUGGAAUAAAGAAACUUUAAGGAAAAUAUGAUGAUUCUGUGACCUUACAGUAACGAGCAAACAAGCGUAGUAAAAACUACAAUAUAAUACUUACGCUAACUGACGCCAUUCUCCACGGGCAGACGCAGAUACAUAUAGCUACCAUGGUACUCAACAUUAGGUCACGGCGGCGAUGAUGACACUUGUGAGGAAGAUUGCACCAUCACCGAUAAUAGAUUGGGUCUUGUGGAGGGGCGGAUCAUAAAAAUCGUAGAUUUUACAGAAUGGCUGAAGUCUACCGCAGUCACGGAUCACUGUCUUUUAAGGAUGGGAACUUUAUCCUGGACGGGACACCCCUCCGGAUAUUCAGCGGGACAAUGCAUUACUUCCGGGUCGUCCCCGAGUACUGGAGGGACCGCUUCCGGAAAAUGAAAGCAUGUGGUUUAAAUACGGUGGAAACCUAUGUUCCAUGGAAUUUGCACGAGGAAUAUCCAGGAGAAUUUAAUUUUUCCGGCCUUCUAGAUGUGAGGGAAUUUAUCCGACAAGCCGGAGAAGAGGGAUUGCAUGUCAUUUUCAGACCUGGGCCGUAUAUUUGUGCCGAGUGGGACUGGGGAGGAAUGCCCAGUUGGUUGUUAAAAGAUCCAAACAUGAAAGUUCGCAGUAACUACCCGCCGUAUGUCGAGGCCGUCAGGCGAUUUUUUGACGAACUUUUACCAAGAAUUGUGGAUCUGCAGCACACCAGCGGUGGACCAAUCAUCGCCGUCCAAGUGGAGAACGAGUAUGGUUCCUAUAGCAACGAGGUGGAACAUCUCCACACCAUCACAGAGAUGCUGUUGAAGAAUGGGAUUAAAGAACUGCUUCUGACCUCGGACAACAUUUAUGGACUGAAGAGGGCACCGUUCUUCAAACAUGCCCUGCCCACUGCUAAUUUCCCCAAUAUGGAGGAUGGCGGGAAACUUUUCAACAUGAUCCGAGAGUGGAGUUCUGAAUUUCCUCUGAUGGUGAUGGAGUUUUGGCCUGGUUGGUUCGACCAUUGGGGACAGCCUCACAAGGGACUAGAAAUUCCAGAUUUCGAGGCCUGUCUUUCCGGAGUCCUAGAUGCUGGAGGUUCUUUCAAUAUGUACAUGUUCCACGGAGGUACAAACUUUGGGUUCAUGGCUGGAGCCAAUUACUUUGAAGGGUCACACUACAAACCAGAUGUAACCAGUUAUGAUUAUGAUGCCCCCUUGUCGGAAGCAGGAGACGUCACACCGAAAUAUAUGAGGGCGAGAGAAAUCAUCCUAAAGAAGGGCUUGAUACCACAGGGAAUCAGAUCUUUGCCAGACCCUCCUCCAAAUUUGCCAAAGAAAGCUUAUGGUGAGAUUGCAGUAACUCAAUGUUUGGAUCUGAAGUCCAUUUUAUCUCUUGUAACACCAAUCAAAUCAACCGAGCCUGUUUUAAUGGAAAACCUUGACUACCACAAAGGAUACGGUCAGUGUUUUGGGUACAUCUUCUACCAGGCCGACAUUUGUGCUGGGAAGGAGCUCUCAUUUACAGAAAUACCCAAAGACAGAGCGCAGGUGUUUGUCAAUGGGGAAGACAAAGGUGUGCUGGACUGGCUGAGUGUAGACGGGAAAGUAAAGAUCGGAGAUGUCUCGGAUCGAAGUACCCUAGACGUUCUGGUGGAAAACCACGGCCGUGUGAAUUACAUUGAGUACGGCUCCAACAGAUUUAACGAGGAGAGAAAAGGUAUCAGCGGCUGUGUUACAUUAGAUGGGAAACAAAUUAAAGAUUGGCGCAUAUUUCCGUUAGAUUUCAAACCAAAAUUCUUGGACAGUCUUCGACGGAGCACCAAGUGGAAACCUACCCCCGUCACCAACAAGGGUCCAGUGAUUGUCCGGACAUCGCUACAAAUUAACAGUACGCCGCAAGAUACCUUUCUUGAUAUGAAGGGUUGGAAUAAGGGCAUUGUUUUCCUGAACGGUUUUAACCUGGGGCGGUACUGGAAAGUCGGCCCCACGAGAACACUGUAUGUUCCCGCCCCCUUACUCAGAGAGGGGGACAAUGAGAUUUUGAUUUUCGAGCAGCACGGGUCUAGUGGGACUAUUUGUUUUAUUGAUACACCACUACUUGGAGAGAAAGCCACCACGCAGGAUGCAGACACCGCCUGUUACCCCACAGAGGUCUAGUGCUGUCCAGAACCUGCACUAUUUACUUCGCCAAUUAUAGGAAUAAUCUCACGCCUCCAUUAUUGUUAAACUCAAUAAUGCAAACUAGACAUUUAUUUUUAGAUAUAAUAUCUUUAUUGUAAUAAACGGUUAUAAUUAUUAAUGAAUUAAACUUGAUGAUUGUUAUAACCAG